AAUUGUUUAUAAAACUGAGUUAUUUUUCAAUUCAAAAAAUCAAAAUUCUGUUUUUAUUCGUUUUAAUAUUUUUCCCAUGCCGAAUUGAUCAUCAGUGUCAUCAGAAUUUUCUUUUUUUUAUAUUCAUUAUAAUCCAAAUUUAACUAAAUUGAUAGUGAAAGUGAUCACUUAUCCAUUUUAUCAUGUUCAUACAGGAGCCAAUCAAGGCAACAAUAUUUUUUGCCUUGGAGAAUUAUUCCUAUGCAGAUGCAAUUUUUCUUUCAGAACGUCUUUAUGCCGAGGUGAACACUGAAGAAAAUUUAUUCAUACUCGCCACGGCUUAUUUUCGUUCGGGUAAAUACAAUAUUGCCCAUUCUAUUCUUUCACGUAACAAAUAUAAUCCACAUAAAUCGCCGAAUUGUCAUUUUUUGCGAGCAAAAUGUUGUUUUCAUUUGGGUAAAAUAGAAGAAGCGACCAAUAUUUUACUCGAACCAAUAAAUGUUGACCCACUUUCUGAUCAAAUAUUUCCAAAAGAAGAUCUAAUCCGUAUUUAUGGUGAGAAUGCAUCGUUUGUGGCACAACUAUUGGGACAAUUAUUCAAUAAGUUAGAAGAUACAAAAGCCGCUAUUCAUUAUUAUACAUUAAGCUUAAAAUUAAAUCCGUUCCUAUGGUAUUCAAUUGAAAAAUUAUUACAAAUCGAUCCGUCCAAAGUUGAUACGGAUAAAUUAAUUAAUUUGGAUAAUUUGGAUUUAAAAUUUACAUGUGGCACAAAUCCAUUGAUAAAUUUAUUCAAUUCAUCGCAGAUUAAUAUGAUACCAUCAUCUGAUGAUGUUUCCACAAGAACAGCAACAAACAACGAUCAUAAUAAGACUUCAAAUGAAGAUACUAGUCAUUAUUUUGUCACACCAGAAAUACGAAAACCAUCAUCAAAUAAUAGCAAAAAUCGAAUCGAAUUAUCCACACCAUAUGCCAUAUUGAAACAAUCACCUUUAUCAAACAAGGUUGAUGUUAUUACUCCGGAAUCGGAUGGCCAAUGGAAAAUGAUGACUUGUUUAGCACCAACAAAAAAUAUUGCAAGAAAUGGUCGUAAAUUCAAUACUCAAAAUCAUACAAAUCCGUCUUCACAGGUUUUAAUCGAAACAUCGAAUCUUGGUUCAAAUCGUAAUCACAAUAAUCAAACUGAAUCAUCUGGUCAUUCAUUCGGUGUUUUAUGUCUUGAUCAAGAAUCAGUGAAUUUAUUGAACAGAAAUAAUGUUAUAACAAAUACAAAAGUUGAUAAUAAACAUGGAUGUCUAGGUCGUAAAGAAUCCAAUCAGCAAGAUGCUCAAAUGCUUAUUGAUAACAAUGAACAAUCAUUAGUGGUCAAUCCAGUAACGACAAAUAAUUUACCAUCAAAACUAACACGUCGUAGUAGUCGCCUUAUUAAUUCAGAUACACGUUCAAUAAAGGAAAAUUCUACAUCGGCAAAAAAGAUUGUUGUUGAUCGGCGAGUUACACCUGUCAAACGAUGUCGUCGUACAAUAUCAUUUGAUAAAAGUCAAAAAAUAGUCAAACAAAAUAAUAAUGAAAAUGAUUCCACUUUACAAGAUAUUUCAUUCGAUGUAACAAAAACGGGUAUCAACGCAGAACGUUCAUCAGCAAAUGGUUUGCUUGAAUUGAUUAAAAAAUUUGCUAUCGCUUAUAAACGUUUAGCCGAAUACCGUUGUCGUGAAGCAAUCGAAUGUUUUAAGAAAUUACCUUUAAAUCAUUAUAAUACUGGAUUUGUACUCACAAUGAUUGGCCGAUGUCAUUUUGAGAUGGGUGCACAUGAUGAUGCUAUAAGUUGUUUUAAAACUUGUCGUCAAAUUGAACCAUAUCGAUUACAAGGUCUUGAAACAUAUAGUACAGCAUUAUGGCAUUUACAAAAAGAACUCGAAUUAUCAUGCCUAUCACAAGAAUUAAUUCAAUUUGAUAAAUUAGCACCGGAAACAUGGUGCGUUGCUGGCAAUUGUUUUUCAUUACAAAAAGAUCAUGAAAUAUCGAUCAAAUUCUUAAAACGAGCCAUUCAGGUGGAUCCAAAUUUUUCUUAUGCAUACACCUUAUUAGGUCAUGAAUUAAUUUCAGCUGAUGAAUUGGAUAAUGCAAUGUCUUGUUUUGUGAAUGCAACACGUAUUGAUCCAAGACAUUAUAAUGCCUGGUGUGGUAUUGGAUUAAUCUAUUAUAAACAAGAAAAAUAUGAUUUAGCAUAUCAGAAUUAUAAACGUUCUUUGGACAUAUCAUCAAAUAAUCCAUUAUUGAUGUGUCAUUUGGCCCUUAUUUUGUAUCAUCUGAAAAAAUCUCGUGAUGCUAUUCAUCUUUUAAAUGAAGCAUCAAAAAUUGAUCCGCAAAAUGUUAUUAUCAAAUAUAAUCGUGCUUUGAUUCGUUUCCACAUGGAAGAAUAUGAUCAAUCAUUAGUUGAAUUAGAAGAACUUAAAACUAUGGUACCUAAAGAAUCGUUGAUAUUCUUUUUGAUUGGAAGAAUACAUAAGAUUCGUGGUGAAACACAUCUUGCUUUAUUAAAUUUUUCAUGGGCCGUUCAUAUCGAUCCAAAAGGAUCAGCCAAUCAGCAUAAAGAAUUUACUGAACCAAAUCAGACAUCACCUGAAGAAUUUAUCGUACAUACAGGCCAUAUAGAUACAUCAUCAGAAAUGAGUUCAACACCGACAACAACGCCAUUUACACAACGAAGUACCUAUAUUACUGGACCAAUUAAUUAUAGCAAUAUUUCCUUAGAACAAUCAAUCGAUAUGGCCGAAAUUAAUGAAUUAAUUGAUAACGAAGUCGAUGAAGAAGAAGAUGCUGAACAAGAUGAUGAAGAAAUUGAUUCAGAAUAUCCUGUUGAUUCAAAUACAACCGAAGAGGAUAUGUGAUCAAAAUUAAAUUAACUUGGGGAACCUACAUUAUAAAUCACAAUUGUUUAAUUUUUUUUUUGAAACAAAUAAGAGAAAAAAAAUAUGCCCAAUUUAUCUAUUACAAAAUGCUGUGAUUUUUUUUCUUCAUGAAAAAUAAUAUAUAAAUAGUGGAAUGGUAUGAAACAAAAACAAACAAAAAAAAAAAAAAAAAAUACGUCGUGAAUAUUUUCUCUACACAUUUAUAUUCAUUUAUACAAG